AUGUGGAUGUGGAUAUUGGCCGUGAUACCUGUGGUAUACGUUGUUGUUUGUGUCUUCAAGAGGUUUUCAUCGAAAGGAAAAGGUUUUACGAAAAGAAACGUAAACGAGCAGACACUUACAAAUUCAGUUCCUUGUGCUUCAGAACUAGGAAAGGAGGAUGCUAUCAUAAAUGAGCAGAUAGAUACAGAUUCCGUUAUUUGUACAUCAGGAUCAGGAGAGGGUGAUCAUGUAACAAAGGAGGAAACAUAUGCAGAGGAGUCCGACGAAUCAGUUCUUCCCGAAGAUAAUUUUUUGUUCGAGUGGUAUCCAGAAGAAUCAUUAAUAGAAAUCUAUGAUGAAGCUGGCAACGGACUUGGGAGAUUCGUUACUGAUAAGUUGCACCUAUCAGCUAAGAAAAUAAAAUAUGGAAGCAACGACUCUGAGGUGUUUGAGGGUAUUUAUGAACGACGUUUAGUCGCUGUGAAACUUCUUGAUCUACCGUAUGGUAAUAUUGCUGAUAAGAACGAGGCUGAAAUCCUCUAUGCAUCUGACGAUCACUCAAACAUCAUUCGGCUUCAUGGUUUUGAGCACGAUAAGGAUGUUGCGUACCUUUGUCUAGAGCGUUGGUCAUGGAAUUUAGUUGAUCUAAUAAAUUCUUGUGAGAGAAAUUUGAACAACUCAACUAAAGGAGUAGCUCCGUCGGAUUCUUUGGAAGAUGAUCUGGUAAAAUUCAAAUUGUGGAAAGAGAGGGGCAUUCCAUUACCUCUACUGAUAAAACUAAUGAGAGAUAUAGUUUCUGGUCUCGCCCACUUACACAACUUGAACAUAAUUCACAGAAACUUGGAGCCAAAAAAUGUGCUAAUAGUAUGUAAAGGGGGGAAUUUGAUUGCAAAGAUUUCUGACAUGGGGAUUAGUAAGCAUGAGGAUAACCCAUCGUUUGAUGAGGACCUUGCCACAUGUUAUGGCAGUCCAGGAUGGCAAGCACCAGAGCAGCUUCGCAAGAAAAAUGAAAAUGAAGCAGUUGACAUGUUUAGGUUUGGCUGUGUCCUAUCCUACGCCAUAACAGGUUACCAUCCUUUUGGACGUGCAACUUGUCCUUCAAACCUCAUCAACCAAUUGCUGAACCUCAAGCCUAAUUUACGCCCUACAGCUAUAGAAGUACUUAAUCAUCCAUUGUUUUGGGACUCCAAUAUGAGACUCUCUUUUCUUCGGGAUGCUAGUGAUCGAGUUGAGAUCGCUGAUUCUACAAUCUCGAACUUACUAGAACGUAAUGCACGAAUUGUUAUGGGAGCAAGCACGUGGAAUCAAUGGCUAGACAAAGACUUGGUCGAUGAAAUUGCCCCACCAGUCCAACAAGUCCAACAAGUCCAACAAGUUCAACAAGCUAAAAAAGCCCAAUUUGUAAGGACAUAUAGGUAUAACAAGCUUCGCGACUUAUUACGAUUAGUAAGCGCCUGGAAGCGCCUCAAGAAGAGACUCGUGGAGGGUUGGUCCCUUGUACCAGUCAAGGUUGGUGGACCUCUCAAUCAUGUUGUCACCCUCGAAUCUAGAGAUGGGCUCAAACGGGAUUUUUACAGGGUUGUGCCAUCCAUCUACAAACAACAUGAAGAGAUAUAUAGCAGUUAG